AUGAGUUUUGAUGUCACUCGCAGGCGGGAGGCUCCGUCAGGGGUGUGGAAGAAGAUGGUGCUCGUCAAUGGGCAAAGUCCAGGGCCGCUUAUCGAGGUCAACACGGGUGACAUUGUGAGAGUCAAGGUCAACAAUCUCAUUUGGGACGAAAGCACGACCAUAAACUGGCAUGGGAUCCAUCAACGAAACACCACCUGGAUGGAUGGCGUGGCAGGGAUAUCUCAGUGUGCGAUACCACCCGCCAAGAGCUUCACAUACGAGUUUGAAAUCAUCGACCAGCGAGGCACGUUCUGGUAUCACGCUCAUUCCAAAGUUCAAUACACCGACGGCCUCUACGGACCGAUCGUAGUCCAGGACCCAGACGAGAGACUGCCCCCUGACGUCGACAUCGCGGCAGAAAGAAUAGUUUUCAUGGGAGGCAGCUUCCACGCCUACGGGGAGGACCUCAUGGUCCCCGUCAAUGCCAGGCGUCGAACCCUUCCCGACGUCAUUCUCAUCAACGGCCUCGCCGUCUUCACAAACUGCAACUUCACCUCGUCAACCUGGUCAUCAUUCAUGCCCCCGAUCUGUGAACCCUCCAGCAGGCAGUUCACCACCCCCAUGCCCAACACCACCACCCGCUUCCGCUUAAUCAACCACUCCUCCUUCACAUCCCUCUACUUCACAAUUGACUCCCACCCUUACCUGACCAUCAUCGAGAUCGACGGGGUAGAAGUCGAGCCGAUCACCGUUCCAGGAAUCCAUCUCAACAUCGGUCAGCGGUACUCCGUCCUCGUCUCCCCAAUUCACUCCACCACCACCGGAUCUUUCGUCAUGAGAGCCACCAUACCAAAAUCGUGUUUCCUCCCUUAUGUCCCAUACACGAGCGAAAUACUCGAAAGCGUCAACCACCAAGGCACAGCCCUCUUAUCCUACUCCCCAAACCCCAACUCAUCCCUCCCACAAAACAUAAAGCCGGUGGUGGACAUCCCACAGAACUGCACCAACCCCCCAUUCAACCUCCCCGUCCCAAUCCGCAAAAUGGCCGCCUUCCCACCAGACACGGCACACCCCUCGAGAAACACCCACCAGAUCAACUUUCAGUUUCAGCAAGCCGGGCCGGUGAAUAGGAUCUUUAUCAACAGGACCUCCUACUCCCCCCUCCCCCACAGCGCCCAACUCUGGCUAUCCCUCCCUCAAACCCUUGACUCCGGCUCCGACCCCGGCAGCUACAACAACUACAACUUCCCCCUCAACCAACAAGUCCUCUUCCUCCCCGACCCAAACAAGACAGUCCAGAUAGCAAUCAACAGCCGCGACAUAAUGGAGCACCCUUUCCAUCUCCACGGGCACACCUUCCAAAUCGUAGCCUGA